CAGCUGCACCUUUGGCCAGUCCCCGUCCAGCAGCCUCUUCCAAAGGACAUUUUAUGGGCAGAUAGCUUGUCAGCCCAGCUUGAAAUGUGAACAAGGUAACAGCUGAGCCCCCAUCCAUCCUGCUGCACUCCCCUGCAUGUCCAGCCCCAAGCCCUGCGUCAAGCACACCUCCUCGGGAGGAGACCGCCCCAGCCUGCAAGGAAGUGCUCAUUAUGGAGAGUGGAGAGUGACAGGCCACUCCCGGCCACGUCUCCAAGCAAGCCGGUGCCCCCUCCUCCUGCUGCCACCGCCCACUGAGCUGCCUGGACUGCAGACGCCCUGGUCGGAGCCUCUGGGGCCAGAUGUUAUAGGGCAAGCUAAAAAUAACCGGGCAGGCCAGCCACCAUCGAGGAAGGAGCAUGUGCUGGACGCGGACACAUGAUCCGAGGGACUCUGCUGGGUGGAACUAAGGAAGUCCAGCAGGCUGUGCACGCUCCUGUCCCCACUCGCAGGCCCACGCGGCGAGGGGGCCCCUCUUCUGUGUGCGUCUGGAAGGUUGCUGCCCAGUGAGGAAAUGCCUUUAACCAGCGUGGGGCCGGGCAGCCGCAGGAGGCAGAUCAUCCAGGCUCUGUGCCUCUCGCUACUUCUGCUCCACGCCAGCUCUGCCAAGAAUAUCUGGAAACGGGCAUUGCCUGCGAGGCUGGCCGAGAAAUCCCGUGCCGAGGAGGUGGGCGCGCCCGGUGGUUCCCGGCAGCCCCGAGCCGACCGCUGCCCGCCGCCCCCGCGGACGAUGCCCCCCGGCGCCUGCCAGGCCGUGCGCUGCCAGGCUGACUCGGAGUGCCCGCGGCACCGGCGCUGCUGCUACAACGGAUGUGCCUACGCCUGCCUGGAGGCCGUGCCGCCCCCGCCAGUCUUAGACUGGCUGGUGCAGCCGAAACCUCGAUGGCUUGGUGGCAAUGGCUGGCUCCUGGAUGGCCCUGAGGAGGUGUUGCAAGCAGAGGCAUGCAGCACCACGGAGGAUGGGGCCGAACCGCUGCUCUGUCCCUCGGGCUAUGAGUGCCACAUCCUGAGCCCAGGUGACGUGGCCGAAGGCAUCCCCAACCGUGGGCAGUGCGUCAAGCAGCGCCGACAAGCAGGUGAAUGUCGAAUCUACGAACACAAACUUUACAAAGAAUAUCCAGAAGGUGACUCAAAGAAUGUGGCAGAACCUGGAAGGGGACAACAGAGGCACUUUCAAUAAAGCAACGGCAGGCAGCUGGGUUGCAAGAACAUUCCUCCACUUUCUGCUAAGCCUUGGAAACAGAUGGGAAAAAUAGUUUGACCCUCAAAGUUCACAUUCAGCUCAGCAGAGCAAGACCCCAAGAUGCUUGGAGAUGGGACACCUAGCCAUCAAUCCCGGUUUGGCCCAGCCUGGUUGGGCAACUUUGUGGGAGCCGCUUACCCGCUCUGGGUCCCUGUUUUACCAUCCUGGGAGCAAGGCUCUGCAACUCCACAAGACCUUUACCCCGGGAAGAAGCCGCUGCCCAUGCAAGCAUUUCUGAAGCCCCUUUCUAAGACAAGGCUCAGCAUCUUGAUAUUUUUGACAGAUUUCUCCCAAGUCUGGCUCUGGGAGGUAUGUAGCCAUCUCAAAUGUUCCCAGAAUAAAUUCAUCCAUCAGGAAAUGGAAAUGAACUUGCCUACUAAUGUGUGAUUCUUAGUUCUAGCCACCUGAUGUGCUGAGGCCUAAAUGUUAGCAGAUGGGAGGAGGCCACAGAACAAUAAAAACAACCAAAUAAGA